UGCUGCUUCGAUUUCUUCUGCUAUGGAUGCUCUGUUUUCCUUUUGUUUCCUGUGAAGCUGGUCAAGCACCAUUUGCUAUGCGGUUAAGCUGUGGGGCUAGUCAAAAUGUUCAAACAAUACCAACCACUACCCUUUGGCGUAAAGAUUUUGGAUAUAUUGGAGGCAUAGCCACAAAUGCAACUCGUCCAAGUUACAUUACCCCACCACUCAACACUCUCCGCUUUUUCCCCUUGUCUGAAGGUCCUGAAAAUUGUUACAACAUUAAUGGAGUGCCAAAGGGUCACUACUCAGUCAGGAUCUUUUUUGGACUUGUUAGUCAGUCUAGAGAUAUCAGUGAACCUCUAUUUGACGUCUCUAUUGAAGGCACUCAAAUAUAUUCUUUGAAAUCAGGUUGGACCAAUCACAAUGAUCAAGUAUUUGCCGAGGCCCUAGUGUUUCUUACGGAUGAUUCUGUUUCAAUCUGUUUCCAUAGCACUGGUCAUGGAGAUCCAGCAAUCCUUUCUAUCGAGAUUCUUCAAAUCGAUGAUAAAGCUUAUUAUUUUGUUCCGCAAUGGAGCCAAGGGAUAAUACUUAGAACAGUUAAAAGACUGAGUUGUGGUUUUGGCCAAUCAGGAUUUGGCAUAGAUUAUGGUGGGGAUGCCAGGGGAGGGGACAGAUUUUGGCAAGGCAUUAAAAGUUUUGCUCAGGAUUCAGAUCGACCGAGAUCUGUCGAAAGUAGAAUAAGUCAGGCUUCACAUCCACCAAACUUCUAUCCAGAAUCUCUUUAUCAGUCAGCGCUUGUUAGUACUAAUAGGCACCCUGAUUUAACAUAUACAUUGGAGGUGGAUCCCAACCGAAACUAUUCUAUUUGGUUACAUUUUGCAGAGAUUGAUAAUUCAGUGACUGGUGUGGGGCAAAGGGUCUUUGAUAUUAUGAUAAACGAUGAUCGUGCUUUCAAAGAUGUUGACAUUGUAAAAUUGAGUGGGGAUCUUUAUACUGCCCUUGUGCUUAAUACAACUGUUGGCGUUGAUGGGAGGACUCUGACAAUUACAUUGAGCCCAAAGGAAGGUGAUCUCGCCAUAAUCAAUGCCAUUGAGAUAUUUGAGGUUAUAAUGGCUGAGUCAAAAACUUUAUCGGAGGAAGUUAAGGCUUUACAAACAUUGAGGACAGCACUGGGGCUUCCGCCCAGGUUUGGGUGGAAUGGUGAUCCAUGUGUUCCUCAGCAACAUCCAUGGAGUGGAGUGGAUUGCCAAUUAGACAAAAGUAGCGGCAGCUGGGUCAUUGAUGGACUUGGUCUUGACAAUCAAGGUCUGAAGGGUUACUUGCCAAAUGACAUAUUCAGACUAGCUAAUCUACAGAUCCUAAAUUUGAGUGGAAACAGCAUCCAUGGAGCAAUUCCAUCCUCACUUGGUACAAUAACUAGCCUGCAAGUGCUUGAUCUGUCCUAUAACAUUUUCAAUGGAUCAAUUCCAAAUAGCCUAGGACAGUUGACAUCAUUACAAAGACUGAAUCUUAACAGCAACAUCCUGUCUGGAAGGGUCCCAGCAACUCUUGGAGAAAGACUGCUGCACAGAGCCAGCUUCAAUUUUACUGACAAUGCAGGUCUGUGUGGUAUACCUGGAUUGCCUUCAUGUGGACCUCAUCUUUCUUCCGGGGCCAAAAUUGGCAUUGGCUUAGGUGCUUCUUUUAUAUUUCUCCUUCUUAUUACCUGUUCAGUUUGUUGGUGGAAAAGGAAGCAGAAUAUCCUCCGAGUUCAGCAAAUUGCAGGUAAGGGAUAUUCGGCAGCAGCUCCGUAUGCAAAAGCAAAGACCCAUUUUACACGUGACGUUCAGAUGACAAGGCCUCUUAAUCAUGGCAACACCCGCAUUGCUGCUGAGAGUGGGCCUAUCUUGCUUUCAUGA